UCCAGGGCACAUGGCAUUGUCAAUUUUGUUAAGGAUAACGGAGCUGGAGAACCUGCCCUCCCCCGGCUCCUUUCUUCCCAUCCUUUGCUUCUAAGAUUUUACAAGUUGCCUGUAAAGGAGUCAAACAUGGGUCAAGCAAACAAGCGUUUUCUUUCCAGUCACUGUAACCGGAUCAGUGGCACGGAAUAAACUCGCAGAAGCCUCCAGGGACCGCUGCCAGCGCCCCAGCCUGCACAAAGAGCAACUGAGACUGCAAGCACCGCCGGGGUGCAGGUUUUGGUUCGUGGCUAAGCGUAGCGACGACACCCCCUCCGCUGCAAAAACCAAUAAAAAUGCAUGCAGGACGGAGAAAGGUUACGGCGAAAACCGCCUGCAUUUUUGCACGUCGGCACGGGUCCUGACCACUGGCAUGAACUUUACCCAAUUGCCAAGGGAGACAACCAGUCACCCAUCGAGCUGCAUACAAAAGACAUCAGUCAUGACCCUUCUCUGAAAGCAUUCACAGCAUCUUAUGACCCUGGCUCUGCCAAGACUAUUCUGAACAACGGGAAGACCUGCAGGGUUGUGUUUGAUGAUAGUUACGAUAGGUCAAUACUGAAAGGGGGUCCUCUCACCGGAACCUACCGACUUCGUCAGUUUCACCUUCACUGGGGCUCCUCGGAUGAUCACGGAUCUGAGCACAGCGUGGAUGGAGUCAAGUAUGCAGCGGAGGUUCAUUUGGUUCACUGGAAUCCAAAGUAUAACACUUUUGGGGGAGCUCUGAAGCAACCUGAUGGAAUAGCUGUGGUUGGCAUUUUUCUGAAGAUAGGACGCGAGAGAGGCGAAUUCCAGCUGUUCCUUGAUGCAUUGGAUAAAAUUAAGACAAAGGGCAAGGAGGCGCCCUUCACGAACUUCAGUCCCACCUGCCUGUUCCCCGCCUGCCGGGACUACUGGACCUACCACGGCUCCUUCACCACGCCGCCCUGCGAGGAGUGCAUCGUGUGGCUCCUGCUGAAAGAGCCCGUCACCGUGAGCUCUGACCAGAUAGCCAAGCUGCGGACCCUCUACUCCAGCGCUGAGAAUGAGCCCCCAGUGCCCCUGGUCAGGAACUGGCGUCCUACACAGCCCAUCAAGGGCAGGGUGGUGAAAGCCUCCUUCAAAUGAGGCCGCUGGAGCUUGCCGUCUUCAGGAAAGGAGGCCUGCCACUGGAAAGCUUGGCUCCUUGCCUCCUUUUGGUGCUCCUUGCAAUGAAUGUGAGAGAUGCCAACACCAGGCCAAGGUUACUUUUGACAAGAUGUAACAUAAAAGCAUGAAUUUCACAUUAUCCUUUGUAGUAACCAUCUUCCCUAUAAAAGUAGCAUUUCUAUUAGGGUUUCAAAGUAGAAGAAACAGGUAGGAGAGAAAAGAUAUAGGAAAAUGGCUAGUGGGCACCGUUUUUCUGUCUUAAAUUUCACAGAGCUUCAGUUUUAUUAUUUUCAUAUUAAAAUACGAGAACUGUCCAUGUAACAAAAAUAACAAGUAAUUCCAUCUUUAAAAGAAGUGUGUGGAGAUCAUAUAAACAUUAACCGGAAAUUAAAAUGACUAUGAGAUGAUGCAUUUGAACUCUUAAAUAAAACCAAAAAGAAGUCCAUCAUUUAUUACAAUUUUAGCUACUACUAAGAUCACCUUGUUUUGAUUGUCAGUGAAAGGAAAAUACACUAAGGCCAGUAGUUAAAAAAAUUUGAUCUGGGAUCCAAAUUUCUUCUUCAAAAAGAUAGUUGACUUUAUCCUAAUAUUUAUCUUUACCUGAAGGAGGGCCAUUUACUUUUAAUUUUACUAUUUGUAUCUUUGCAUGCCUAUUAAAAUAAAAACUGCCUCUGAUAGCUUUCUAAUUUGAGGCUGGAGUUAAUGAUUCCCACAACACGCAAAAGCGAAUGAUGGUACUUGAAGUAAAAGCAGUCAGCGAUCACCAAAACCAAU